AUGAUUCAGCAAUAUAAAAAAAAUCUGAAAAUUCUGACUAUUACAAUGGUAAAGGUAAAAUUCAAAAUGGAUAAUAUUUUAGCUAUCAAAAUAGAUUUUAAGUAAAAUGAACAGAUUUGAAGAAGCUUUAGAGAAUUAUGAUUCAGCAAUAUAAAAAAAUCCGGAAGUUUCUGAUUAUUAUAAUGGCAAAGGUAUAAUUCAAAAUGGAUGAUAUUUUAGCGUAUACAUUAGAUAAAAUGAACAGAUUUAAAUAGGCUUUAGAAUAUUAUAAUUCAGCAAUAUCAAAAAAUCCAGAAGAUUCAAGAUAUUAUUUUAAUAAAGUUAUAAUUCAAAAAGAAUGAUAUAUUAGCUGAUACAUUAUUUAACAUAAACAAAUUUAAAUAAGCUUUAGAAUAUUAUAAUUUAGCAAUACAAUUAUACCCAGACGAUUCAAUAUAUUAUUUUAAUAAAGGUAUAAUUCAAAAUGGAAGAUAUUUUAGCUAAUACAUUAGAUAAAAUGAACAGAUUUGAAGAAGCUUUAGAAAAUUAUGAUUCAGCAAUGUAAAAAAAUCCGGAUGAUUCUCACCAUUACAAUGGCAAAGGUAUACUUCACAAUAGUUGAUAUUUUAGCUAUUACUCUAUAAAAAUUGAACAGACUAGAAGAAGCAUUGGAACAUUAAGAUUCAGCAAUAUAAAAAUAUCCAGAAAAUUCUUACUAAUAUAAAUUAUUCUUAUAAGAUAUUCUAAUCAAGAAACACAUAUGA